AUGCCACAUACCUAUGGAGACGAAGACCUCGACACUGCCGACGACAAGUACCAUGAAUCGUCCGAUGAAGACUUCAACCCCGACGCUGCCCCAGCUGAAGAGGCAUCCAGCUCCGAAGACGAAGACCAUGUCACUAUAGAACCCACACAGCGCAAGGGCAAGCGGAAUGCACCGGCCGAUCAAGACCUCGACUCUGGAGAUGAGAUGACAAUACAAGCUGCGCGGAAGAAGCGGGCGAAGAAAAAAGGCAAGAAAGGCAGCAACGAAGACGAGCUGAUCAUAUCGGAUGAUGAAGGCGGGGAGGGUGGACUUAUCAAAACUCGGGCCCAACGGAGAGUCGAGGGCAAGGAGAGGAGACCGCUUGCAAGAAUCGAGAGCGCAACUGUUGAUGUCGACGCGCUAUGGGCUCAGAUGACAGCAGCGCCUUUGAAGCCUCUGGAAUCCACCAAACCGCAGGAAGCGGCUGCGCCACAGCAUCAUGCACCUGUAGUCAACAUUCCAGUAUCGGCGGAGGAAGAAGAACAGCUGACGAUCAAGAAAAUCUUCACAUUCGCUGGGCAGGAUACCACCGAGGAGAAGCAGAUACCACGCUCGCAACUCGACAAAUACCUCAAAGAUGGUUGGAAGACACUCGAUGCACCCGCUGCAACCACGAAUGCAGCAGAAUCCCCUAAAGUUCCCUCCGAAUCUACCGGACCCAAGCUCCGUCGUCCUGUCCGCCGCCCUUCUCGAUUCGAUCCUAACCCUACAGGCUAUGUGCGCGCUCUCGCACCCGAACAUCAGCUCUCUUGGCCCCGUACAUCCACCACCUUACAGCCCGAUCAAGAAGUCGUUCCGGAAGCCGACGUCCCGAUCACGAAGAAGGCAGAGAAAGCGCAAAAGCUUAAUGUUGUGGACAAAUCGCGCAUGGAUUGGACAGGUUUUGUGGACAAGGAAGGCAUCGCAGAGGAACUGGAUACACAUGGAAAGACCAAAGAAGCUUACCUGGGUCGUAUGGAAUUCUUGGCUGGUGUUGAGGCACGGAGAGAGGAGGAGAGGAGGAACUUGAAGAUUAAGGCUGCGGCCGCUGCGCCCACGGCAGGCUGA